AUGGCCGUGCCACCAGCUCUUAUUGGAGCAAUUGCUCGAAAUACAGAUUGGCGUAUGACGGACUACUCGCCAUGGAACAACGGUACCAAAGUUGAAGCAAUACCUGAGGACAAAAGAAAUAUGGUUGUGCCACUCGUCUUCCAGUAUCUCACCCCGAAAUGGGUGGCUUUUAUAGGGCUUGGAGCUGUAUCGGCUGCAGUGAUGUCCUCUGCAGAUUCGUCAGUAUUGUCAGCUGCCUCCAUGUUUGCACACAAUAUUUGGAAGCUGACCAUAAGACCACAUGUAAAGACUAUUAUAUGCAUAUCGAGGAGAUGGGUGAUUCUGGUGAUGCGUUUCGCGAUCGUAGCCGUCGGUGUGAUGGCCACUGUUAUGGCUCUGACAAUACAGAGCAUUUACGGACUAUGGUAUCUGUGCGCCGAUCUCGUCUACGUCAUCCUUUUUCCACAACUGCUUUGUGCUGUUUACUUGAAGAACAGCAAUACAUAUGGAUCACUGGCUGGCUACGCUGUUGGCCUAAUUCUCCGACUGUCUGGUGGAGAACCCCUUGUCGGCCUACCGGCAAUGGUCCACUAUCCGAUGUACACCGAUGGGAUCCAGUACUUCCCCUUCAAGACGGCAUCCAUGUUGUCGUCAUUAGUUUGUAUCUUUGGCGUGUCGCGGCUUAGUGAACAUCUCUUCACGACGGGUCAGAUAUCUCCAGAGUGGGACGUCCUCGGUUGCGUCGUUGUCCCUUCAGAGAGGAUUCCACUUCCGUCAGACGUCUCGUUCAAUGUUAGCAGCGACACUCUCGCAAUGAACAAAGCGAACGGUAAUGGUACGCAUAAUGCGACGUUUACGGAGUCAACCUUUCUUCAUCCUCACUACAAUGACCAAAAUUACUUGUCAACUAACUCGCAUUAG